UCUAUCAACAUACUGAUGAGUAUGUGUGACAGUGACAUAAAUAUUUAUGUGCUUCGUUUUUGUCAUUUCCUACAAAGAAGCAAGAUGGAACAUCCCUCGAAAAGACAGUUUACAACCAGUGAUGAAGAUGGAAGUAGCAUGGAUGAUACCUCACCAAAAUACAAACGAAAAAAAUUAGAAAAAGGAAGUGAUGAAUAUGUUAUGAGAAGGGUGAGAAAUAACAUGGCUGUCAAAAAAAGCAGAGAAAAGAGUCGACAGAAAGCAAAGGAAACAAUGGAUCAGGUUGAUAAACUUAGAAAGGAAAAUGAGACAUUGGAACAAAAAGUUACAAUUCUAUCAAAAGAGCUGGGUGUGUUAAAGGACUUAUUCUUGGCUCAUGCUGGAUCAGUUUCACAAAACGAGUGCUCUGGGAAUGCAGCAUCAACAUCUGGGAUCAAAGAUGAACCUACAAAUUCUGGGGUCAAAGAUCACGAAUAUUCAACAUUUUCUGUUUGACAGUUACCAUCAUGAAUACACACAUAAAUCAUGAUCAUUAUUUUGUAAAUGACUGAUUGAUACCAGUGAUUAGAUGUUUUAGACUUGAUUAUAUAACAUUGUUGGUUAAUGAUUUCAGUUUUUAUGUCUAAAGUUUUUUUAUUAUUUUUUUAUCAAGGAUAUUAAGUUUAUUUUAAUUUAAAGUAAGCAAAAUAUAUAUACUAUGUAUAACAUGUAUUUAAUGUUGUAAGAUACUACUGUUUGUACUGUUAAUUUAUCUACUUUGUUAUGUAUAAUGAAAAUAAGUCGAGUUGCCAAA